AUGACUCCGCUGCUAUGUGCUGCCUUGGUACUACCCCUGGCCGCAGGAGCUCCGCAGCUGCGAGCGGCGGUGGAUUCUGCGGGCGGCUUCGCGGUCACUUUUGAUGGCUCGCCGUGGUUGCAGGGCGGCGAGGUGCGCAUCGGCAACUUGUCGAGCCAUGCUGGCUUGAAACUGCUUUCGCGUACCCAUGACGCGGGGAGGGAUGCUCUUGGAGGCUACACGUCAGAGACAAUGGUGUGGGGCAGCCUUGGGGACAUGCGCCCGCUAAUGCAUGCGUCAAUACGCUCCUAUGACGAAGACCCCAGUUUUCUUGUCUUCGAGCAGUUCUUCCCACAAGAUCUCCACGUUGAUGCUGCGCCAUGGGGAACAAAAAUGGCAGCGCCCGUGACCUUGUUCCCCAGCUUCAAGAGCGAUAGCCCUGCAGGGGAUCUAGAUAGCUUCGCGUACCAUGGAGUCUUUCCCAGCAUGCGGCAUUGCAAACUGAGCAGCUUUGCGGCGAGCCACCAGGGUGGCUUGCCACUGGUGAUCUACAACGCCACGGGCCCACGGCCUGCGACCGUCUUCUCUCCGCUGACGAAGGGUACGGUUCCUUUCAUCCCGGCUGGCUGGAAGCAGAUGUUCCUUCUCUCAGCGGCCUUCGGGGUUCUGGAUGGUAUGUCAGCGUGGGGUGAUCGGAUGCUGGAGUUCACUGGAAAGAAGAGGGCUGAUAUGUACAGAGAUGAUGUGGUCGGAAGCAUUGGUUUUUGGACCGACAAUGGUGGGUACUACCACUAUGACACUGGAAGCAACGAGACCUAUGAGGAGGUGCUGCCAAAAGUGAAGGCAUACCACGACUCUUUGGGCAUUCCCUUCAAGCACUGGCAGUUUGAUUCUUGGUUUUACCCCAAAGACGGCAAAGUCGACCCUGGUGGCGGUGGUGGGGCAGUUGUCAAUUGGACCGCGCUGCCUGCUGUGUUCCCGCACAGCAUGGCGUACAUUCAGUCCAAGCUGGGUGUGCCAAUGGUGAUGCACAACCGUCAGUGGUCUCCCACCUCGGACUAUGUCAAGCAUGAGCCCUUCAAGUGGUACGCCUCCGAAAGAGCGGCCAUCCCAGAAGACCCAGAAGCCUUUUUCAGGUGGUUUUUCACGCAACAAGAAGGAUGGGGUCUAGCCAUGUACGAGCAGGACUGGAUGUGCACAGAGUAUGACAACGCGGAGGCCCUCCAGACGAACAUCUCCAUGGGAGAUCUCUGGCUCCACGGUAUGGCCAUCGGUGCAGAGAGCAGCGGCCGGACAGUGCAGUAUUGCAUGCCUUACCCGUACGAUGUCCUUUCUGCCGCAGCCUACCCAGCCGUCACCAAUGCGAGAGCAACAGAUGAUUACAUCGGCCGCGAUAAGCAGUGGGCCAUUGGAGCGACGUCCAUGUUCUACUGGGCAAUCGGCAUUCUGCCGUUCAAAGAUGGCUUUUAUUCAAGCAAUCUUCCUCAAGUUGGCGGCCAGGUGGUCGGGCCUGAGACAGCUCCAAAUCGCGCUGCGCUGAUGGCAGUAUUGUCAGGUGCAAUGGUGGGGCCCAUGGACGGCAUCUACUUGUUGAAUGCCACUCGAGUUAUGUCCAGCUGCAGGGCAGAUGGCAAGGUUCUGAAGCCGGAUCGUCCGGUGAUGCCGCUCGAGUCCUGCUUCGAUGCAGGUGUGGAUCCAGCAGGGUGCCACAACUACUUCACCUACUCGGAUGUGCCGGGCCUGGGCCGGGCCUUCUACAUCUUUAUGAAUCAGCCGGGGCAGCUCCACCUGAAGAAUUUGACGCCGGUGGCAGGAGAUUACUUGGUCUAUGAUUGGUAUUCUGGGCUUUUGACGUGGCUGGAUGCAGCUACGCCGGAGUCGGCCUUCAGUGUGCAAGCGGGGUACGAGGGGCACAGCUAUGCGCUGCUGACCCCGGCAAUCCAUGGCACGGGAUGGGUGCUCGUUGGUGAGAGAGCAAAGCUAGUGCCGACCUCCUCGAUUCGAUUCCGUGUUCUCGAUGCUCGCGCAGCUACGCUGUCUGUCGACGUGUAUGGGGUUGCAGGAGAAGUGGUUGAUGUCUGUGCCGCGGAGCGGCACUCUGGAUUGAUGUGCAAGGAGGUGCGCUUCCAGCAAAGCGGCUGGCUUGCUGUGACGUUUGCUGCACAAGACAGCAAUGGCUUGGUUACAUAUGUUUAG